AUGGAAUUGGAACCUAUACUUCUCUGCAUGAUUGCAGUACCUAAUUCGAUUAUUGCGUAUUUCCAACAAUCAAAUUUGAAUUCUUCACAAGUCAGCCAAAAACAUCGUCCAACAGUUGGGGUCAUCCGCUGGGAUGCUUGGAAUUUGUUCAAUGGUGAUUAUGAUCCCAUCUCCUUUUAUCUGCAUCGAGCUCUUAGUCCUGAAAUAUUUCAUUAUCGACUACCAUUUUACGCAACGAUUAACUCGCCUACAAAUAUUUCUUUUAACGGAGAUCUUCAGGACGUCAUGGAUCAAGAACUUGUUUACGCCGCACAUGCGGGCCUAGAUUAUUGGGCCUUUGAUACUUAUUGUACAUUUGGACCAAAUUGUACUACUAAUUCGUCAUUUUGCAGUCAAUAUUAUCAACAGACUUCAAAUAUCUACUGUCCUCGAAAUCCUGCUUACGGAUUGAAUCAAUAUCUUUCGAGCAAAUAUAAUUCUCUUAUGAAAUUUACUCUUCUUUUAUUAGGAUCUCCUCCUUGUGAUCCUACUUUUCAAGAGAGAUAUCUUGAUCUCAUGCAGCAUCCUCAAUUCCAAACUGUUUUAGAGGGUCGCCCACUACUGUAUUUAUUUCAAUUCAGCGAUGCUGAAGCUAACGCCUGUGGAGGUGGAUGGUCUGGUAGCGGGGAAGUAUUUCAUAAGUUUCGACAGUUGGCCAUUAAUCGAGGUUGGGAUCCUCGGCCGCGGGCGCAAAAUCCUGUUCCAUGGGUCAUCGAAGGACCAGAACAUUAUUUCCAGGCAACAGGUAAAGAAGUACAAGAACUAAUUCAAAGAGCGGUCAACUUUACAUGUAAAUAUAAUGACACUGCCGAAGCACAGACAAUAAUCUUCUAUGCAUGGAAUGAGUCGAGCGAAAAUGGUGCCUCUCUUAUCCCCUCCAUCGGAAACGGAAGUCUUUAUGUCGAUGCUCUAUCAGAUGUUCUUCCAAUGUAUUGUUAG